AUGCCUCCACACGAGCUUCACACAAUGAAUUCUCAUUGGCCUUUCGUAGCUUGGGGCAUGGAUUUUAUCAGACCAAUAGAUCCAUCGGCAUUGAAUGGACAUAGAUCUAUUUUAGUCGCCAUCGAUUAUUUGACUAAGUGGGUUGAAGCUGCUUCAUACAGAGCUGUUACUAAGAAAAUGGUUGCAGAUUUCGUCAGGAAUAACUUGAUUUACCGAUUCAUAGUGAUAGAAUCGAUUAUUAUUGAUAAUGGGGCAAACCUGAACAGUCAAUUGAUGAAAAAAAUUUGUGAUCAGUUCAAGAUUAUGCAUCGUAACUCGACAGCAUACCGUCCCCAAAUGAAUGGAGCCGUAGAAGCUGCUAAUAAGAAUAUUAAGAAGAUCUUGAGAAAAAUG